UCUCAUUCUGCUUGACAGGCUCUCAUUAACAAUUCCUAUUUUCAGACAAACGAACAUAACUAACUGAAUCUCAAAUAUGUCUUCCCCUCUUCAACUCAUGUUUGACCGUUUCUUUUCUUCACAUUUUCUUCUCCUUCUCUCAAACAACAUCCCUCUGGAUUGCUUUUGUCACCACCAUUGAUGUUUUUUUUGUUUUCGAAUUUCAUUACAAGGUGAAGAAACAGACAAUUAUGAGGGACAGAGGAACAAGAAAUCACUCAGGAGAUGCAAGCGAAGAAAGUUCAAGCACAUGGAUGCUUGAGAGCAUUGAGAUUGAUAGAAUGGUUGAUGUUCCUCUAAAUCAAGAUCAUGACUCUUGGAAAUCCAAUUCCCCGCAUGAACCAGCCUUCAACAAGAACACGAGUACUUCACAAACUGCAUCCCAUAGUAGGAAGCCCAGUGCUUCCUCAGGGUUACCCCGGAAUUCGAGUACUGCUUCCGGGAUAUCCAGGAAUCCGAGUGCUUCGCUGGGGUUACUUCGGAAUGUUUCCAGGGCGACAUCUUUCAGGAGGCUUAUUAGUACUGCUAGGAAGAGAAUAAAUGGGGCUCCACCAAAUAUUUCUAAAGCGCAAAGAACUGCCUCUUCCGCUGCGAAAGGGCUUCAGAGUCUACGUUUCCUUGACAGAACGGUGACUGGGAAGGAAACGGAUGCUUGGAAAUCAACUGAAAGGCGCUUCAACCAGUUUGCAGUCGAUGGGAAGAUCUUUAGGGAUAAAUUUGGUGUCUGCAUUGGAAUGGGAGAUUCCAAGGAAUUUGCAGGGGGAGUAUUUGAUGCCUUAGCAAGGCGUAAAAAAUUAAACCCGGAAGAUGGAAUUACCAAGGAACAGUUGCAUUCAUUCUGGGAAGAAAUGGCUAAUAAAGAUCUCGAUUCACGGCUUCAGAUUUUCUUUGAUAUGUGUGACAAGAAUGGGGAUGGUAAGCUGUCAGAGGAAGAGGUGAAGGAGAUUUUAGUGUUGAGUGCCUCGGCAAACAAGCUUGGGAAACUGAAACAGCAAGCCGCAACAUAUGCAGGUUUAAUCAUGGAAGAGCUGGAUCCUGAUCACUUGGGAUAUAUAGAGAUAUGGCAGUUAGAAAUUCUACUAAGGGGAAUGGUGGCCUCAGAUGAUCAAUGCAACAAGAUCAGUAAGAAAUCGCAAACCCUGGCAAAAGCAAUGAUCCCUAAAAGAUAUAGAACUCCAAUAAGCAAAUACACAUCCAUUACUGCCGAAUUUCUCAAUGAAAACUGGAGGAGAAUAUGGGUUGUUUUACUUUUUAUAAUCAUAAACUUAAUCCUCUUCCUUUGGAAGUACAUCCUGUUCUAUGGGUCGCCAAUGUAUCAAAUCACAGGUUAUUGUGUCUGCGUUGCCAAGGGUUCUGCUGAGGCUCUCAAACUUGACAUGGCUCUCAUUCUCCUCCCAGUGUGUAGAAGAACUCUUACUAAGCUCAGAUCUACAUUUCUCCACAGAGUAAUCCCUUUUGAUGACAACAUAAACUUCCACAAGUUAAUUGCACUGGCAAUAGCCAUUUGGUCCUUUCUACAUACUUUUAUGCAUCUUGCUUGUAAUUAUCCGGAAAUAGCUAGAUGCCCAAAAUCAAAAUUCUUGGCAUUUCUUGGGCCAUCCUUUAAUUACGUGCAACCGACUUACGCAGAUCUAGUAAACAAUACCGUUGGCAUUACUGGGAUACUUAUGAUGAUUAUAAUGUUAUUUUCGUUUACACUGGCAACGCACAAUUUUAGAAGAAAUAUUGUCAAGUUACCAUGGCCAUUUACCAUCUUGGCCGGGUUCAAUGCCUUCUGGUAUGCACAUCAUUUGCUGACCUUGGUCUAUGUCCAAAUGAUUAUGCAUGGUUACUUCCUUAUCUUCGAAAAGCCUUGGUACUUGAAGACGACAUGGAUGUAUCUCCUGAUUCCAAUGUUAGUAUAUGCAAGCGAGAGAUUCCUUACCAGAUUCCAGGAACACAAGCAUAUGGUGGACGUCAUUAAGGCUGUGAUAUAUACAGGAAAUGUUCUGGCCCUAUACGUGACCAAGCCUCAAGGAUUCAAAUAUAAAAGUGGAAUGUAUCUUUUUGUCAAGUGUCCAGAUAUAUCAAAAUUUGAGUGGCAUCCCUUCUCCAUCACUUCGGCCCCAAAAGAUGACUACUUAAGCGUUCACAUUCGAACCGUGGGGGAUUGGACUACAGAACUAAAAGAUAUAUUUCAAAAGGUUUGUGAACCUCCCACUGUGGAAGCAAAAAGAGGCAAUUUAAUGAGAAUGGAAACUAAAGCACCUAAAAAAUCAGACUCAAAUAAAAACUAUGAACAGAAUCAAGCUAGAUUUCCAAAUAUCAUCAUCAAAGGGCCAUAUGGAGCACCAGCUCAAAACUAUAAAAAGUAUGACAUUCUCUUCCUUAUUGGUUUGGGAAUUGGGGCAACUCCAUUUAUUAGCAUCAUAAAAGAUCUGCUGAGCCGCAUCAAGCCAGCUGAACGUCUAGAAAAGGAAGAUUCUUGUGGCUGUGUCAAGACUCCUAAAAAGUAUCCUGAAAGGGCAUAUUUCUAUUGGGUAACUAGGGAACAAGGCUCCUUCGAAUGGUUUAAAGGAGUCAUGGAUGACAUUGCAGAAUUUGACAAAAAUAAAAUAAUAGAAAUGCACAACUACUUGACUAGUGUGUAUGAAGAAGGCGAUGCCCGGUCUGCCCUCAUUGGCAUGGUGCAGAAAAUCCAACAGGCUAAGAAUGGAGUUGAUAUCGUCUCAGAAAGCAGGAUAACAACACAUUUCGCAAGACCAAACUGGAGGAAAGUUUUCUCUCAAAUGGCUAAUACUCACCAAUCUUCUCGAAUAGGUGUGUUCUACUGUGGAAGUGCUACACUUACCAAAGUAUUAAAGAAGCUAUGUCAUGAAUUUAGCCUAGAAACAUCAACUCGAUUCCAAUUUCACAAGGAGAACUUUUAAAGUAACAAUUAUGUCAUACUACACAUAUUUAUUCAAGAAACUUGUUAUAGAGUGUUGAUUAUCAAGUACAUUAAUUCUUUGAGCUCUCAAUUUUUCUAAAGGUAAGAGCUCCUUGAUCACUUCUGUUAAUUCCUUGUCUUCAUAAAUAAAAAACAUAAAUAUUUUCCUUCCCAAAAUUUAAAGUUUCUAAGAUUGUAAUAUUAGAGGUUAGAAAUUAGGCUAGCUAUUCAAUUCAGGCC